AUGCUCAGGAUAGUAAAUUACUCAAUUGCAAACGAUUAAGAUUCAGAUGAUAGUGAAGAAGAUUGUUACUCAGGUUGUUUCGAUUCGGAAGAAGAAGAGGAAGAAGAAGAAGAUGAUGAAAGAGAAGAAAAUGGGAAUGAAUAGCUAGUAAAAUCAAAUUGA